AUGCGUCUUGAUUUCUUUCCGAAGUUUAUUGAUAGUGCUAUGACGCACAAAACUGCGUGCGGUGCCUUCAACUCUAUUUUGAUGAUUGCAUGCGCAUUAGCAUUAUGCAUUUCAGAAAUAUAUGCUUAUGCAAAACCAGCCUUACACGAACAAUUAGUUUCUGUAUCAGACCUUCGUGGUGCUCUCGAUCAAUUGUCAAUUUCUUUCAACUUUACAGUUUCAGUUCCAUGCGUUCUUCUCCAUCUUGAUGUUUUCGAUAUGAUGGGUUCUGGAAACAGACCAGACCAAAAAACACUAUACAAGGUAAGAGUUGAUCAGAAUGGAAAUCCAAUUCCACAAACUCAAAUUGCUGAAGAUUGUGGACCAUGUUACGGUGCGGAAUCAAGCCAAAGAAAAUGCUGCCAAACAUGCGAAGAUGUUGUCGCAGCAUAUCAAGAGAAGGGCUGGGGAAUUGGAAAUCUUUCAUCCUGGGCACAAUGCAGAGCUGAAGGAGUUAUGUUUGACGGAAAAGAAAGAUGCCAAGCUUAUGGUAACCUUCAUGUUAAUGCCAUUGAAGGUGGUUUCCAUUUAGCCCCUGGUAUCAACGUUUUCUCUCGUUUUGGCCACGUCCAUGAUUUUUCACCACUUGUUGAUACAUUAAACCUUACUCACGAGAUUGAGCAUAUAAGCUUUGGUGCUCCUAUUGAUAAAUCACCACUUGAUAACACCCGUGUCGUUCAAAAGAAGCCAGGACAAAUUCAUUACAGAUAUAAUCUCAAAGCAGUUCCUACAGUUAAGGAAGUCAAUGGCAAAGUCCAUCGCUUCUUCAGAUUUACAGUUAACUACGCAGAAAUUCCAGUUACAGCUCGUGGAAGAUAUGGUCCUGGAAUCUUCUUCGUUUAUAGCUUCGCUCCAGUUGCUAUUACAAGUACAUACGAUCGUCCAAAUAUUACUGUUCUUUUGGCUAGACUUAUCUCUAUUUUUGGAGGUUCUUUCAUGCUCGCUCGCCUUAUUGACUCAUUCACUUAUAGACUUAACACAAUCGAAGGCAAAGAUAGAAUUAACAAAUUCGAAUAA